AUGAAGCGUAUAACAUUUGUUUUCAUUUUGGGCUUAUCGGCUGUACUCUCAGCUGAUCCCAUUAUUAGGAAACUAGACCCUUUGCGUUUCCAACAUGAAAGGGAUGCCAGUGGAAAGUAUCAUUUGGUGGACUUGUGGAUGAAAUUGAGUGACUUAUACCUUACCGCAAGGUAUAACCCGGUUGCAUCAAAUGUAUAUCAUUUGUUUACAAGACAAAACCCAGUGUUAAGUCAACCGUUGCUUUUCAAUAAUACUGGCCUUCUCCAGUCGUCGAACUUCAAUAGUAAUAGAAGAACUGCCGUACUCAUUCACGGAUGGAGAGAUAAUGUCGUUGGUGAUUUUAAUACGGUCCUUGUUCCUGCCCUCCUAUCAGCAGAAGAUUUAAACGUAAUUGUGGUAGACUGGAGCGCCGGUUCCAAUACCAUUAACUUGCCUGUUCAAAUCGAAAACUGCAUCGCCUCCGGCCGGGCUGUCGCAAGUUUCAUUAAUUGGCUCAACAAAUCCACCGGUUCUACGCCAUCACAGUUCCAUAUUAUUGGCCAUGGAAUUGGUGGUCAUCAGGCUGGUUUAGCGGGUAGAAAUGUGGAAGGAGAUGUUGGAUAUAUAACUGCAUUGGACCCAUCUCUCGUUGGAUGGAUUAACCACAACUAUCGGUUCCAACCUGACGACGGUGAAUACACAGAAGUAAUCCAUACGAACUGUGGUAUCAACGGAUAUCUUGCAGAUUUAGGCCAAGUAGACUUUUAUCCCAAUGGAGGGGAAUCAAUGCCUGGUUGUUCUAGUCACGCGUGUGAUCAUGCAAGAAGUUACUUCUACUUUGCGGAGUCAAUAGUUUCUGGAGGCUUCACCGGUAGAGAGUGUUCAUCAUACUUCACAGCUAUUUUACAAACGUGCAACUUACUACCCGGUAGACUGCAAAUGGGUGGAUUGACGCCCAAGAAUGGACAAACUGGCGUUUACUUGCUCGAAACGAAUGCCGCUCCGCCAUUUUCACGUGGUUGAAUAAAAUUAAUAUAGUAUAGAAACUCUGUUU